AUGCUCUCGGCCAGCAUUCUCCGGCCAAUUGCGCGGGAAGGGCGUCUCCACCACCACUACCACCACCUUCACCACCUCCUCGCACGACCCACCCUAACCCGCACCUUCGCCUCGACGCAGCAAUGGCGCGCCAUCAGCACCGAGAAGGAAAAAAAGACACUCGCGGCAGCGGUGGACCAGAAGAAGGCCGCGGCAAAGAUGCUGGCGGGCGACGCAAGUAAGAAGACGAAUCUGCUGGCGGAGGCGGAGCUCACGACGAAGGAGCAGAGGAAGGCCGAUUGGGGCAUCAUCAAGGAGAUGUCAAAGUACCUAUGGCCGAAAGACGAUCUAGGUGUCAAGGUCCGGGUCGGGCUAUCGCUAGGAUUGCUAGUAGGCGCAAAGAUCCUCAACGUCCAAGUGCCCUUCUUCUUCAAGACCAUCGUAGACUCCAUGAACGUCGACUUCCUCGCCCUCGGCGGCACCGUGUGGACCACCGCUGGCGCCAUCAUAGUAGCAUAUGGCCUCACGCGGGUAGGAGCGACGGCGUUCCAGGAGCUCCGAAACGCCAUAUUUGCCAAUGUCGCGCAGAAGGCGAUCCGGAAGGUGGCCUGCAACGUUUUUGACCACCUGCUGCGCCUGGACCUGAAUUUCCAUCUGUCGCGGCAGACGGGAGGGCUGAGUAGGGCGAUUGAUAGAGGGACGAAGGGGAUCAGCUUCUUGCUCACGUCCAUGGUGUUUCAUAUCAUUCCCAUAUUCUUGGAGAUAUCCAUGGUUUGUGGGAUAUUGACAUAUAAAUACGGGCCUAGCUUUGCGGCGGUCACGGCGGCGACGAUGCUUGCGUAUUCGGUCUUUACGAUCAAGACAACGUCGUGGAGGACAAAGUUUAGGAAGCAGGCAAAUGCCGCUGACAACAAAGCUGCGACUGUGGCAGUUGAUUCUCUUAUUAACUACGAGGCUGUUAAGUACUUCAACAACGAGAAAUUCGAAGUCGGCCGCUACGACGCUGCGCUGAAGGCCUACGAGAAGGCGUCUAUCAAAGUAGCCACAUCACUGGCCUUCCUUAAUUCCGGCCAAAACAUAAUCUUCUCCUCCGCGCUCACCGCAAUGAUGUACCUCGCUUGCCAAGGCGUCGCAGAAGGCAGCUUGACAGUCGGAGACCUUGUGAUGGUCAACCAGCUCGUCUUCCAGCUGUCGGUCCCGCUGAACUUUCUAGGCUCGGUAUACCGCGAGCUGCGGCAGUCGCUGCUGGACAUGGAGACGCUGUUCAACCUGCAGAAGGUCAAUGUGGCGGUCAAGGAUGCGCCGAAUGCGAAGCCGCUCGAGUUUAAGGGCGGGGAGAUCGUCUUUGAGAAUGUGACCUUUGGGUACCACCCAGAUAGGCCGAUCUUGAAGAACGUGAGCUUUACGAUCCCGGCGGGGAAGAAGACGGCGAUUGUGGGGCCUAGCGGUUGCGGUAAAUCAACCAUCCUGCGCUUGCUAUUCCGCUUCUAUGAUGUGCAUGAAGGCAGGAUUCUCGUCGACGGUCAGGAUAUCAGGGAUGUGACUAUGGAGUCGUUGCGCAAGAGUAUCGGUGUCGUACCGCAAGACACUCCACUGUUCAAUAACACCAUUGAGCAUAAUAUCCGCUACGGCAGAAUCGAUGCGACGUCCGAGGAGGUCUUAUGCGUCUCCAAGAGGGCGAAAAUUCAUGAUAUCAUCUCCUCUUUCCCAGAGGGCUAUCAAACGAUGGUCGGGGAGCGUGGCAUGAUGAUCUCAGGUGGCGAAAAGCAAAGGCUUGCAGUCGCGCGACUUAUUUUGAAGGACCCGCCUCUUCUGUUCUUUGAUGAAGCUACCUCCGCACUUGAUACGCACACGGAACAAGCGCUGCUCAGCAAUAUAAACUCCAUCCUGAAAGAGAAGGAGCGAACCAGCGUGUUUGUUGCGCACCGCCUCCGCACCAUCUACGACAGCGAUCAAAUCAUCGUCCUCAAAGACGGUACCGUUGCCGAGAAACCAGGCACUCACGAGCAACUUAUUAAUUCUGGCGGCGUUUACUCCACCCUUUGGGCAGCCCAGGAAACGAUGCCGACAGUGGAGGAUGGCGCAAAGUCGUCGUCUUCUUCCACUUCUUCGACCACAACGUCGAUGCGCUGA